AUGAAUUUUAAAAAGCUCCUGCCUUGUUGGAACAAGGACAAGGCUGCUCAGGCGGAGCAGGAGCCGGCCACUGAGCCGGAGAUCAAGCAGAGCGAGGAAAACGCCCCAACUCUUAAAAACUCGAAAAUCUCGAACUCACAGUCAAACGCCAGCUCGGUCGAUGACGAGCCAGAUGAAGAGGAGCUUGAAAUGCUGAGAAAAUACCAAGCGAGAACUGGUGGUGGGCGAAAGUCCGUCGCUGCCGAACGAUACAAUCCCGACGAAGACGACGAUGAGCCACUCAAGGUCGUGCCAAAGACAGACUCUCAGCGCGAGCGAUUAAAAGAAGUUUCCAACAAAAUUAUGCUCUUGAAUAGACUAGAUGAGGAACAACUGACGAACGUUAUCAACGCAAUGGAAGAACGUAAAAUCAACGUCGACGACAUCGUCAUCCAACAGGGCGCCGACGGCGACAACUUUUACGUGAUCGACAGUGGAAAAUACGAUGUUUAUAUUAAUAAAGAAAACGGGCCGGAGCAAGUGUUUACGUAUAACGACUCUGGUUUCUUCGGCGAGCUUGCUCUGAUGUACAACACCCCGCGAGCUGCAACUGUCAAGUGUAGCAAAGCUGGAGUCAUUUGGAGUCUUGAUCGAAAAACAUUCCGUCAGAUCAUCGUCAAAGCAAAUGCCAAGAAGCGAUCACAGUACGAGGCCUUCCUUCAAACAGUCGAAAUUCUGCAAAACCUUGAUGAAAAUGAGAUCUCGAAAGUGGCCGACGUCAUGGAAGAAAAGAAAUACAAAUCUGGAGAAGCAAUUAUCAGACAGGGAGACGAAAUCGAUGCUGGCUCCUUUGUCUACUUCCUCAUCUCUGGAACUUGUAAAAUCCAUCUCAACAUCGAUGGAGAGGAAAAGGUGCUUGACAAAGUUCUCCAAUCCGGCCAAUGCUUUGGCGAAGUGGCACUCAUCACAAAGGCUCCUCGAAACGCGACGAUCAUUGCCUCCGAAGAUGUCAAAUGCGGAGUUUUGGAUGUAUCUGCUUUUGAACGACUGCUUGGCCCUUGCAAAGAAAUCAUGAACCGAAACAUCGACAAGUACGAAGAAGAGCUUGCGGCGCUGAAGGAACUCAAGAUCAGCGACUAA